AAAAAUGCUAAAGCGACACGGCCCCCAUCUAUCGCAACGUCUGCGUUUAUAAAACAAUAUAGCAUCCUCGAUCAACAACAUGGCAGCCUCCAUCGUAAAUUCGCUAGUAAAAAUAACAGCGUUGAUAUCCGCGUUUCUCUUACUCUUCGUCACUUUACUGGUAGUCAGAACGUUGCUUUUGGCACCACCGACUGCGCACGUGACAAAAUGCGAUCCAAAAGACGCGGAUUUCAUCAAGGCUGAUGCAAGAGCGCUCCGAAUAUUUUCACGGGCCCUCACGAUCAAAACAAUUUCUUGGAGUGCGGAUAAGAUUAGCGGGGAAGCGCUAUUGGAACUGCAUCGUCAUGUUUUCGAGAGCUACCCUCUCAUCCACUCAUCACCGUAUGUCCAGCUGGAGUUGGUCAACAACUACAGCCUCCUGUACACGGUCAGCGGAAGUGACCCGGAGCUCCAGCCAUACAUGCUCGCCGCACACCUGGACGUGGUGCCAGAGGGUCGUCUGGAGGACUGGGAGGUGCCACCUUUCGCGGGGGUGGUCGAUGACAAGCACAUCUGGGGUCGCGGAGCCAUCGACGACAAACACAGCAUGAUGCCGUUUCCUGUGCGAGUGAUCGUCUCCAACUUGUGGCUCUUCUCGCCUCUAAUUGACCGGCUGGCCGUAUACAACAGGAACGCGAACGCGCUCAUCCGCACGACGACGGCUGUGACGAUGUGUCAUGGCGGCCACAAGUCGAACGUCGUUCCGUCGGCCGCCUGGGCUGUCGUCAACCACCGGCUUCACCCCGCCCACACGAUCGCGCAGGUCCUGGAGCUAGAUCGCGCGAUCAUCGACGACCCCCGCGUCGAGGUCAAGGUCAUCGCCGGCAACGAACCGCACCCCGUGUCGCCGGCAGGGGGCGCCACCUUCGGCUACCAGACGAUACGGCGCAGCAUCCAGGAGGUGUUCGACGGGAUGACGGUGGCGCCGGGACUGUUCAUAGCGGCUAGUGACACUAGGUGGUACCUGAAUCUCACGGACCAGAUCUACCGCUUCACUCCCGUCCACAACCGCCCGGAAGACAUUUCCCGUUACCACGGCAACAACGAGCGAAUCGGCAUCCGUAACUACGAGCAGACGAUCAACUUCUACUACCACGUGAUCGUGAACUCCGACCUCGCGGAGGUGGCGCCCCCGCACGUGCACGGCGAAGAACUGUGAGGGGGCGCGGGCGGCGCGGGGGUCGG